CUUAUAAUGAACCACAGUUAUGAAAUAGAUUGGCUCAUGGGAUGGCAUUUCUGCAAUACUAUAGGAGUUUUGGGAAAUUGUAAGGCUUAUGCGAAAAAAUCCAUCCAAUACUUACCUCCGAUCGGUUGGAUGUGGAAAUUCUCCGAAUUUGUAUUUCUAGAAAGGUCUUUUGAAAAAGAUAAGGAGACCAUAAAACAUCAGAUAUCAGAAUUAUGUGACUAUCCGGAUCCCGUUUGGCUCCUAAUGACACCUGAAGGAACCCGGUAUACAAAGAAGAAGCAUGAAGCAUCAUUAAACUUUGCGAAAGAGAAGAACUUGCCUCUACUUAAACAUCACUUGACGCCUCGCACUAGAGGUUUCACAACUAGCUUACAGUUCUUCAGAGGCAAAAUACCUGUUAUUUAUAACAUACAAUUAGCCUUCGAAAAGGAUAGUAAG